CCGCGUUAACAGAGCACGUCCGUACGUAGACGAAGUGCACAGCAAUAGGUUGUGGCUUAAACUGUUCAAUUAUUCAUCAGAGUAGAUAAUUGAGUGCACAAUAUUAUACUUCUACACUUCAUCAUCUAUAAGUGCUUCGUUGCCGUGACAUGUCAUUCUUACUGCCUACAACCAUGCCAAGGUUGCGUUACUGGAGACGGCGAACGAAACUCGCGGUGGCGCUGGUCGCGGCUCUUCUGCUGGUGGUGGCCAUUUCCGACCACACAGGUUUUACCGGUGCUCUGUUCAGCCGGUUAACGUCUCCAGUUGUUACAGACGGCGGAGUAAAUGAAGAUUUUUACAGAACUGGACUAUCUCCAAAGAAAUUUUGCCGCUUAGAAUUAACUGACGGCAGCACAGUAGAACUGCCUGAGUUGUACAAAGACGUGACGCCAGACGUCGCCGCGUACAACGUCUACUUGAUGGAGACGUCGAGUGCCACAGUCGUGACCCCCAGGGCGCUCUGUGGACUGGAGAGUUACUGCAAUCAUAAUCCCGGCGCUCACGUGUGGUUUUUGGUAACAUCGCAGUACUUAGAAUCUACGACGCUGGCAGAAUUGAUGUCACUUCAGGCCACCUAUCCGAACUUGUGCGUGGCUCAUCUAAACUUCAGCUCACUUUUCCAGGACACUCCACUACUAGAACUUUACCUCUCCCAGAGGUUCAAUAGAACUUCGUUCUUAGCCAACAACUUGUGCAACAUGGGCCGACUGGCGAUCGUAUACAAGUUCGGAGGCCUGUACACUGACAUGGACGUCAUCGCGCUGCGUCCUCUCAUGCCAGCUGCCAACUUCAUCGCAUUGCAGGACGACAAGUCGGGCUACCUCAACGCCGCCAUCCACUACCUGCGGCGCCAGCACCCCAUGUCGAUGAAGAUCAUGGAGCACAUUGCUGCUAACUAUAAAGGCAACGUCUGGGGCGCCAACGGGCCGACGGCCCAGACGAACGCGGCGAAACAUUUGGGUUGUGAUCGAUCCCCUGUCGGCGUAGAUCGCCUCGUAAACAACACCAACAACCGAAAGCCUCUACCAGUUCAACCGUGUGAUGACCUCCAACAAAAGCAGCCGUGUUCCAACCACACCGAGGAGUGCGACUGGGUGGCACUCAAAUCCUCCGCCUUCAUGGCCGUGCCCUAUACCGAGGCUAAAAAACUUUUUCUGGGCCCUAAAAAAGAUGAGAAGUUUCAGCCCAUAGAAACCUUGUACCCAGUGAGCCUCGGCGUCCACUUCUUCAACUACGUAACAAGAUUCAUGAAAGUUCAACCUGGAAGCCACAUGCACAGGCUCGCCUUAAAAUCUUGUCCAGUCAUCGUCAAGGAGCACCCGUUGCUGUGAUGAAUAUUUCUACGUGGUCAUCACUUGGCUUUGAAGAAACAUCUGGACUUGUGCAUUAAAUUCUGAGUGCCAAUAUAAUAUCGUAUAAGUUCAAUCUCCUAAACUCAUUUUACGAAUCUGACUCUAGAUUUAUGCAUUCUGCGGAAUUACACACACUACCUAUGUUUAAUGUAUCUCGAAUUAAAGUCUGUAAUUUGCACCUCGAUUGUAUACACAAUGUUUAUGUGUGAGCACUUGCAAUGCGAUGAAGUAAUAUGCAAUCUGCACCUCGAUUGUAUGUAUAAUGUGUACUUGUGGCAGCUGCUGGACCAUGAAGUUACUGUAUAUGCUAUAUGCCCCCGAUUGUAUGUAUAGUGUGUGGUUGUGGACACCCGCAAUGCGAUGAAGCUGACAGCUGGCACAACAGGGGGCACCGCGAUUACGUCAAUGUCAGUGUACCACAGGCCACCGAACUUGUAAACGAAAGCCAGAUGGCCUUGAUCGCUCAGCCGUUUAAAUCUGAUUCUUAAACGACAAGAUCACAGAAAAAAGUAAUGGUUUUUUUCUUGAUCUCGAUUGACCCGCAACCUAUAAGCAUUUUUAUGUGUUGGACAAAUCCCUUCGCGCACUGCGCAGUUAUCUAAGUCAUACAUAUACAUAUAUUUAUAUAAACGGUUAUCUGUGGCUUACGAGCGGAAUACAGAAAUUUGUAAGCAAUGCGCCCUCGAUGGUUCACACCCUAAAUAUGAAUCAUCGAUAACCGGCACUUAAACUUACCACCUUCUCGUUUUAGACGUGUUAUUCCGUCUCUUGUUGGCAGGCGUGGCCAUCCAUCGUUACACUACCUAUAAUCUACUGUACCUCGCCCUCCUAUAACCAUCGGUUCGUCACAUUUAAUUUUUAUUUUGACAUUUACCUGCAUACGCGUGUCUAAUUUAUGUGUAUACGCACGCCCAAUUUACCUGUAUACGCGCUCUCAAUUUACCAGUAUACGCGCCAACAGUUUACAUGUUUACGCUUUCCAGUUUACUUGGAUUCGUAUCCCCAGUUUACCUGCACACGCGCCUCCAAUUUCUCUGUAUUCGCGCACCCAAUUUACAUGUAUACGCACUCGCAAUUUACAAUUAUUCGCGUUACCAAUUUACCUGAGUACGCGCGAACAGUGUACCAGUAUACGCGCCUCAGUUUACCUGUGUGGUCGUAAAUAUUCACCCCUAGUAGGAAAGCCCGACCCGCGUCACCGCGAGUCUCGUUCUCUGUUUUUCAGUAAAACAACCUUGGCAUGGCUAGAGAGGGGAAUUAACCGUAUAUACUAAGAGAAUUCAAAAUGAAACCUUACUAUUUCAGAAAACAAAAUCGGAACUGGUGUGAUUGUACUAUGUUGAACAUAGAUGUUAAAUUAAAAAAAUUGAUAAUCAUAUUUCGGAAAAUAUUAAAUUG